GCCAACCCCUGCCUGUUUGCACUGCCUCCACUGCCUUCUUCCCGUCAAGUGCAACCUGGCUCGUUGCGGCUGAGAUGGAUCAUGAAUUUGACCAAUAUCUCUGUUCGGUGGAGGUUGCCUCACAACUCCCGCCCUCAACGUCGGGCAACCCCUGCAACCAGCUGUACCAAUCACAAACCGGACUUGGACCAGAAACAAUGUGAGCCUUGACCGGUCACCACAGUUAUCGAAGUCCUUUCGUGUAACCCAGCUCGACGUUAUACGAACGGAACGAGAGGGGCGAUGUCCCGGCAGUGACGAGGUUGACUGACACAUUCUCCAGCUUCAAAUAUAGCACACUCCGGACAUAGCAAGACCUAAGAGAUUCAAAACCGUGACUGAAUAUCGGUCCUCUCCAUGUAUACGAGCAAUGAUGCGGAACAGGCCCACAGCCCAGGCAAUAAGAGGCCUCUUCGCAUCCUCACUUUCAACAGUGUGGGAAUCACUGGAUUGUCUAUGCUUAUGAUUCUGGAUGAGCUCAUGAACGCGAUUGCUGCAAAUCCAUCAAACAUCACCAAACGGAAGCCUCUUCCUUGCGAGGUAUUCGACAUCAUUGGCGGCAUCGGUGUAGGCGGCUGGAUUGCCAUCUUGUUGGGCAGACUACAUCUGGACGUCCCGACGUGUAUUCUCGCCUACGUGGAGAUCAUCCACGCUGUCGAGGCUCGGUCUCGCUUCGAAAAAAGCAAGUUACGAUUGCAUAAUGCCAAUUUUGACCAGACACGUCUCAUCCGCAAAGUCAGCCAGAUCGUGGACCGGUACUCCAGAGGUAGCGGCGACAAAAUGCUGUACCAGGACAAAGAGUGGCCGAGAUGCCAAUUCGCCUUCGCCGCGGCUGCCGUCAAAGGAUCCACUGACAAUCGGAAAUACCAGAUUUUCCGCACAUAUCCAAUGCAGAACUUGAGUGCGAGUCCGACAGGAAUCACUGAAGGGCGGAUUGAGGGAGGCCCUGACCCAGCCGAAUGCCCUAUUGCCCAGGCCUUCGCGGCCACUGCGGCAUCCAAAUAUCUCUUCAAUUCCUUUUCCCUGGAUCGUUCGUCCACCAAACUUUUCGACGCCGAUAGCCUGGAUCCACACGCUAUAACCCUGUUGGCAAUGGAAGAGAUGACCCGUUUCACUUCCGAUCCUCCUCCAAUCCAGUUGGCGUUCAAUAUCGAAUCUGGUGUUUCUACACGCCGUGAUCUCCGCUCACUUGCCGGGUUACCGAGGAUCUUUUCUUUCGGUAGCCCGUUGGAGAGACAUGGCGCCUUCCUUCGGGAACAUAUCGAAAACUCAAAACAGCCGGAAUCGCAAGAGAAGAAGUUGGAAUUUGUCGAAGUCCUCGACAUACCUCAGCGUGAAAGUCCAGGUGGUCCCAAACGGCGUGAAAGAAUUCCGAAUGACAAGCUGACAAGAAAGGCCAUCUGUCGGGAGAAGAAGUACCGAGAGGAUAUUAAUGAGGCGCUGAAGAAAUACCACAAGAGGUAUCAUUCUCACUGUCCCGAGCUCCUGCCGAAGUAUAUCGCGCUGGGGCCGGAAGUUGCGCCGAAGAAUACUGUGCUCAACGACGUGGCGGCCGCCAAUACUACCUACGCGGAAACGCAUGCUUAUAUCUGCAAGCUGCGGCCGAAGAUGGAUGACAACCUUGCCAUUUCGGACUGUACUUGGUGAUAGCCUGGUCAUAUGCAGUAGGACAGGACAGAUAAGAGUAACUCGCUCAUGGCUUUUCGAACUUGAUUUUCUAAAACUUCAAUAGCAUGUCUCGUUAGAUUGACCGCGUCGAUGGAGAUUCUUCCGGGAAUAGGGUUUUAAUUU